GAACUCGCAGAGCUUUGGUCUCUGCGAGCGAGUCCUGAAUUUCAGUUGAAGUUUUGUUGAGGCAUUGUCACUCAUCUGUGACAUCCUCCCUCCAAAAUGGCUUCUGCAUUCCCGAAAAAGACACCGACACCUCGUCUUUUGUCCAGGGAAAGACUACACUCUAUUACUCUACUUCCCUCUGCCUUCCUAAAAGAGAAGUUUCUCAACAGGAAGAAGCAGGCCAGCACUGAGGGGAGAUUUCUGCCCAAAAUUCACUCAUUUUUAGAAUUUAAUCGGCUGGUGAAGAUCUCCAUGGCGAGCUCGCCUUAUUUUGAGCUGGCGUGCCCCAAUGAAGCAUACCACAUCAUACCACCAGGCACAUCUUCUCCUGUGCGCAUCCGCUUCACUCCUAACAAGAACCAGGAUUAUUCCCACGAGCUCAUCUGCAUCACUGGAAUGGAAAGGAUAGUUGUGCCAAUUCGGGCCAUUGGUACCCAAGCUAUGCUGGACUUCCCUGACCAGCUGGACUUCUCGAAGUGCCCAGUCAAGUACAGCACCCAGAAGAUUCUGCUGCUUCACAAUGAUAGUAACCUGGAAGCUCAUUACCAGCUGAACACCCACAGUCCUUUCUCUGUGGUUCCAGCCAUGGGGACUCUGGGUGCUGGUGACACCAUGCAGGUGACAGUGGGAUUUCACCCGCUGAAGGUUGGUGACCAUUCUGGGACCCUGGUAGUUUGCCGCAACAGAGGUGAAAAAUGCAUCCACACAAAAGUUCAAGGAGAAGCUGUAGAUGUUGACAUUGCGUUGAGCACAAAUUCCCUGAAGGUUGGGAAGACUUUCAUCACCACAUCAAACUACAAAAUCGUGUUAAUUGAAAACAGGAGUAACAUCACAGCCCACUUCCAGUGGAAGGCUUUUCUUACUGAGGAAGAAGAGAAUAAAAAGAAGAGGAGGCAGUGCUAUUUGCUGCGGUCACAGAAUGAGGUGUGGCUGGAAAACUCAAUCGAGGAGGAAAAUAUAGAGAAGAAGGACUACUGUGAAGAUAACACUGCCAUCCUGAGCCACAUGGUCCAGGAGAAGAUGGCAAAGGUGCAAGAAGACUCCAUGCCGUUCUCCGAUGACGUUUUUUCUAUUGAGCCAAUGGAGGGAGAGAUUGGGCCGAAUUGUUGGGCUGAAAUCAAGGUGACCUUUAAACCCCUAGAAGCUCUAGAGUAUCAAAGUGUGGCUUACUGCAACAUCUCAGGCCGUGAGAGCAGGCUGCCCCUGCACCUCACAGCGCAAGGUCAAGGACCUUUGGUUGAACUCAGCUCUCGUACACUGAACCUUGGGAACAUUUUAGUCGACACCCCCCACAUCUAUGAGGUGAAACUGAUUAACUCAGGAGCUAUUGAUGCUCCCUUCCGCUAUAUCCCUUCAACCAAAAACCUGGGCUACUGCUUCAAGUUUGUACCUGAGGCGGGCAUCAUUGCACCAGGUCGGAUCCAGACCAUCCAGAUCUCAUUCCAUGCCACCACAGUGGGGACGUUUGAGGAAGAAUUCCAGUUCAGUGUGGCUGGAUCUCCUACUCCUGCUAUCCUGACAAUCAAGGGAUGUGUCUGUGCAGCAAUUGUACACUUCGACAUUGAUGAACUUGAUUUUGGUGACGUUUCCUUUGGCUUUCCCUGCACCAGGAAGUGUCGCCUUAUUAAUGCCUCGCCAGGGUCCCUGACAUUCAACCUCCGCAUGUCUCAGGACGGAAGGCAGCCUGCUGUUAGUAGCUUUGAUCAAAUACACAAGCAUAAUGACCCAUCCUGGAAGGAUGGAAUUAAUUUUUAUUUGGAGCCAAGGGAGUUUACAAUUAAUCCCAGCCAAGGGACCAUCCUUCCCCACGGAUACCGGGAUAUUGAGGUGACCCUGUGUGCCAACACUGUGAUGACAUUCUACCGGAGAUUGCUGGUGGACCUGGAGGGUUUUGGUAAUGAAGUGGCAUCACUGACCAUCACAGCCAGAUGUCUCGUUCCUGAGCUGCGAGUGUACCCCCAAAUCCAGGACUACUCUGACUGCCUCCUGAAGGUGCCAUACAAGAGGAAGUUCAUCAUUGGGAAUCCCAGCCACCUUCCUGGCUGCUACGGGCUUGUUCCCCAGGAUCGCGAGGAGGACACUCCUGUGUUCUACUCCAGCCCCAAACCCUGUGGGAUUGUCCAGCCUCACACCAUUGCAGAGAUUCCAGUUGUGAUCGAAGUCCAAACAUGGGGCGAGCAUCGGACCGAUGGUCUUAUCGGCGUGUUUGGGGAUGAGAGAAACCCACGGAGUAUAAUAUUACGGAGCUCUGGACGGCUGGCAAACAUCUACACAAUUCCAAGAGAUAUAGAGUUUGGCAGGAUCCGAGCACUAGAGCCUAAUUCACAAUGUUUAACUCUCUUCAACGAAGGUCUUGCCCCUGUAGACUUCAGGAUACAGGUGGCUUGCAAACCCCACUGCUACGUCAUUGAACCCAGAGAAGGAGUGAUCCCUGCUAGGGGUGAGGUUCCUGUGACUAUCACAGCAACCCUGGAUGACACUGGGGUUUUUACGGACGCUAUCCAGCUUUUCAUUUGUAACACCCUUUGGAUGACCUGCUCAGUCCGGGCUGUGGGCAUUGGCACCACAAUUGUCAUAGACAAACCAUUCAGCCCGGUACUCAACUUGGGAUAUCAAUUCAGCUUCCUUCCCUGUAUUCGUCGGUUCAAAGUAACAAACAGGGGCCACCAUUUCCACGGGCUCUUCUGGAGUGUGGAACAUCACAGCCACAGCAUCUCAGCUCUCAGUAGCCCCAAGACUGAAGAUCAUUCCCAGAGCUCCAAACAUACCAGCCCCGUGUUUGGGCUUGAGCCAUCAUCGAUGGAGCUGCAGCCAGGCGAGUCUGCGGACGUGGUGCUGCAAGGCUUCUCCCGCAUGGUGCAGGAGGUGCAGGAUUAUGUGAUGUGUGAAGGUGUCAUGAAAGGCAGAAGGAAGGAGAAGAUAAUAGAAACAACCAUUACCUGCAAGUUUAUUGAUCCUUCCAUAGAAAUAUCAGCCAGACAAAUCUCUUUCCGGGUGGAGAAGAAAGCCAGUGAUGUCCUGACUCUGCAGUACAAGCCUUUGGCUUUAACAAACACCUGCUCCCUCCCACUUGAUCUCAUGCUGGACUUGGAGCAGCCAUUUCUGGUGUGCGAUGCGGACCGGCAACCCCUCCCAGAUGGCCAGCCUGUGACAGUGGAUGUAGGGCAGACCUGUCGUCUCUACAUCGCAUUUGACCCAGCUUAUAAAAUGGAUUUUCACAGCUGGAAAGAAAAGAAGGAUCUGAAGAUAAAAAUGGUCAAGGACCAUCCUUAUGUGGAGUAUAUCACUCUUCUGGGAGAAGUCCACUUCCCAAAUCUCCAAAUCCAGGCCAGCGCCCUGGAGUUUGGCUGCAUCCUAGCUGGCACUGAAGAAAUGCGUUCUCUGCAGAUGACCAAUUGCAGCCCACUGCCUGUCCAGUACCACUGGUCAUUCCAUGCGGACAGCCAAGUGAACAGGCUGAGACAUGAGCUUCACCCACCUAAGUUCCAGCCCCAACCACCAAGGGUGAAGAGAACCUGUUUGCCUUUGUCAUGUCAAUUGAGACGCUUCAAGAUGAUAAAUAGGGAGGAGACAGCUUCACCCCUGAAAGAACUGCAGGAUCUUGCCCAACCUUCAGGAGCAGAGGUGCCACCAUGUACUGCUGAAAGCCAUUGCCCACUAGACUUGGAGAAAUUCAGGUUAUCCAUGGAUGUACCAUACCCUCCCCUCAAAGUGGAGAAGGCUUUCAGUAUCCUGCCGCAGUUGGGUAAGCUGCAGCCAGGAAAGAGCCAGAAGGUGUUCUUCACCUUCUCUGGCCACCUCGACACCAUGGCCAGUGUCACGGCUCUGUGCCACGUGGAGGGAGGCCCAACCUACAAGGUGGAGCUGACUGGGGAGGCCUCACGCAUCAGCUACUCCCUGAGCCUCCGGGAGAUCAGCUGUGGCUCUCAGGUGUUUAAUGAAAUUCAUCACAGCAGCGUCAUCCUGGCAAACACUGGCAAGAUUGAAUUCAACUGGGUGCUAAACCUUAGCAUUGCAGAGCAACAUCUGCCUGGCGUGUUUCUGGUCAAGCCCACCCAUGGCUCCAUUGCACGUGGUGAGAAGCAAGUACUGAAAUUCUCUUACAUGCCAGGAGUACCAGGACCCUUCAGCAGGACUUUCCAGCUUAAAGUGGCAAAACUGGACCCAGACAAUAUCUGCCUGAAAGGAGAAGCAUCCUUUCCCAUGAUCAGUGUGAACCUGCCCUGGAAUAUCGAAGGAAAUGAAAAAUAUAAGAAGCUACUGAAACAGCACAUAAAACCCCUGCAACAACACAGUCAGAGAAAUAAGUCAGUUGUUCAGAAGAAGACUCGGAGCUCAAAGACCUUGAAGUCUCAGACCCUGAAGACUCGGACCUUGAAGACUCAGAACCUGAAUCCCCAAGUGCUUGGCUCUGGCAUUGUAUCAAGUAUUCAGCUGCAGAUGGAGUUGGUGAUGAACCUGGUAAGGAAGCCUGCUCUGGAGCUGCAGAGAAAGUUCCCAUCCCAUCACUCAAACAGCAAGUUCCCUGACAAGGAGCUGUGCCAGAAUCUUGUCAAAGUUGAGCUGCCUGAGUAUGUCCUGGACAUGGGCACUGUCCUUAAGGGUAACACUGAGACACGCACUCUGGUGAUCACCAACCCUGGGCAGAUCCCAGUGUCCUUCCAGGCUGAUAUAUCUGCCCUGCAGAAGACAGGUUUCAAAGUGAAUCCGGACCAGGUGCAGGGCCUGCCCCACCACCAGACCAGAAUGCUUGAAGUGUGCUUUGAGAGUGCUCACCGGGCAGAGGGUGGCGUGGAUGUGCUGCUACCCAUAGAGGUGGCAAAAGGCCCCACAUAUAAAAUCCGCCUCCGUGCCGCUGUGUUGGAACUGUCACUCAACCUCUCCAAGAACACACUGCAGUUCUCUGAUAUCCUCGUUGGGCAGUGCCAGAUUCAAACAGUCCGGCUCUACAACAGGUUCCAAGUACCCUGCAAAUGGUUCAUUAAGGGCAUUGAGCCUGUUACGAAGGACAAGCAAGGCAAAUACAGGACACCAGCUGUGGGUCAGAAGCAGCAGGCACUGGAGGAUGAGCCCUGUCCCUUUGAAGUGACACCCUCCAAAGGAACCCUUGAUCCAGAAAGGUGGCAGAACUUGCAAAUCCAGUUUACACCCAAGGAGCAGAGGUCUUACAAGAAUGAGCUGAAGCUUUACAUUUGUGACAGCAGCCAUAGUUUAAAGCUGCACCUCUCAGGACAAGGUUUGGAGGCACGGUUGGAGUUCAGCCCCCCAGCACUAAAGAUGGACUGGGUGCUGGUGAACAGUGAUGGGGUGGACACCACAGUGGUGGUGAAGAACCCAUGCAACUUCCCUGUUGAGUUUUACUCAUUGGAUUUUGAUGAGCAAUACCUUGAGGAGGAGAAGAUCCUGCGGAUGGCAGUGGGGUCUGAGUACCAAAAGAACUUUUUGAUGCCUCCACGUGCCGUGGGUGGGACACUGCCCCCAGAGGUGCUGGAGGACUAUGAAGCACAGAACAGGCUGAAGGCUCAACAGGCAGAGCUCAGGGCCACAGCAGAGACCAAGACCACAGCUGAGGCCAUGGACAAGGCAGCACCAGUUUAUCACGGGGCUGUCACACCCUCUCCUGAGCCCAUGGUGGAAGUGACUGGGAAUCCUGUAUCUCGGGCUGUCAUGCGCCACCUGGGCAUUGACCCAUCUUCAGACAGGUGUGAAGCACAGCAGGACAGAGGGAUUGUUGUCAUCAUCCAUGGGCCACCCCAGACAGGAAAGACAGAGGUAGCAGUGGCCCUGUGUCACUAUUAUGACGCUGCCCACUUGUCCAUUGACACCGUGGUGGAAGAGGCCAUUGCCAAUGAUCAGAGCGAAGCAGGGUGCUGUGCCCGGGAGCUUUGCACCAAUGCUGCCAUGGAGCUGAAAAGCAAAGAUGAAGGUAUAAAGUCUCAGCUCACUGCUCAGAACAAGAAUAAACUAGCCUCUGGGGAAAAAAACAAGAAUGCCAAAGGCAAGUCUCCUUCAACACAAAAGAGAAAGGAGCCAGCCAGCAAACUCAACAAAAAGUUCACAGUUUCCACUGCUCCUGCGCCACAGCAGCUGAACAUCAUCAGCAGUCGUAGGGAAGAGCUGAACUGCUUGAGCUGUGUGCUGCCUGAGGACCUGCUGGUGGACAUCCUCUGUGAGAGGCUGAAGCGUGAAGACUGCUACAAGGGAGUGGUCUUUGAUGGCUUGGAGAGCCUCUUUGCAAGCAGCCUGGAAUCUUCUCUGCUCUGUGUAUACAAAGCUGUCAAGAAUCAUCGUCAUAUCUACAUGGUGAACCUGCAUCAGGAUUGUGCUUCUUGGAUAACUAAGGAAGAAAAUGAAAGAAAGAAGAGGGAAGCUAAAAGAGAGGAGGAAGGACUGCAGUGGAAAAAAGCUUUUCAGAGGAAUGUGGGACAUAUCUUGAAAAUGGAUGAUGAUAAGUAUUAUGCCCUCCCUGAGGAGAAGAAAGCUCUAGUGGAUAAAAUAAUCCAGGGAAGGAAGCAUCUACGGAGGGAGAGGAAGCUGAAGCAGCUGGCUCAAAAGCUUGAGGAGGAGGCAAAAGCCUUAGAGGCGGAAGAGAGACAGAAAGAGGAAGAGAGGCAGAAGAAGCAAAAGAAGCAUGUCUCCUUGGGGAAGCAGCCUGCAAAGCCAGAGAAGAAGGAAAGCAAAUCCCCAGAGAAGAAGGAAAUCAAACCCCCAGAGAAGAAAACCAAGCCUCCAGAUAAGAUGGAAACCAAAGCCCUGGGGAAGAAGGAAACCAAAGCCCUGGAGAAGAAGGAAACCAAAAUCCCAGAGAAGAAGGAAAUCAAAUUUCCAGGGAGGAAGGAAACCAAAAUCCCAGAGGAAACUGAAUCCCCAGAAAAGGAGGAACCCAAAGCCCCAGAGAAGGGGGAAUCCAAAGCCUCAGAGAAGGGGAAAACCAAAGCUUCAAAGAACAGGGAGCCCAAAGCCUCAGAGAAGGGGAAAACCAAAGCUUCAAAGAAGGGGGAGCCCAAAGCCCCUGGGAAGGGGGAACCCAAAGCCGCAAAGAGGGGGGAACCCAAAGCACCUGGGAAGGGAGAACACGAAGUCCCCGAGAAGGAGGAACCUGAAGCCCCAGGGAUGGGGGAACCCGAAGCCCCAGAAAAGGGGGAGCCUGAAGCCCCAGAGAAGGGGGAACCCAAAGCCCCUGGGAAUGGGGAUACCAAAGCCUCUAGGAAGGGGGAAAGCAAAUCCCCAGAGAAGGGGGAACCCAAAUCCCCAAAGAAGGAGGAACCUAAAGCCCUAAAGAUGGGGGAAACCAAAACCUCAGAGAAGGGGGAACCCAAAGCCCCAAAGAAGGGGGAAACCAAAACCCCAGAGAAGGGGGAACCUAAAGCCCUAAAGAAGGGGGAAACCAAAACCCCAGAGAAGGGGGAACCGAAAGCCCCAAAGAAGGGGGAAACCAAAACCCCAGAGAAGGGGGAACCGAAAGCCCCAAAGAAGGGGGAAACCAAAACCCCAGAGAAGGGGGAACCCAAAGCCCCAAAGAAGGGGGAUACCAGAGCACCUGGGAAGGGGGAACCCAAAGCCCCUGGGAACGGGGAUACCAAAGCCUCUAGGAAAGGGGAACCCAAAUCCCCAGAGAAGGGAGAACCUAAAGCCCCAAAGAAGGGGGAAACCAAAACCCCAGAGAAGGGGGAACCCAAAGCCCCAAAGAAGGGGGAUACCAGAGCCCCUGGAAAGGGGGAAACCAAAGCCCCUGACAAAGGGAAAGCCGAAAUCCCAGAGUACCCAGCUGAGAUGGAUAAGAACUUGAUCCAGAGGUUUCAGAUCUAUGAGUCAUCGCAGCAGGACAUUGCACAGGUUCUCACCUACUUUGACGGGGUUCAGGCUACUGUGCAGUUACCUGUAAUCCAGAACGGAAACACAUCCCAGCCUUCAGAUGAAAACAAAGGUCAGAAGACCAAUAAGCCUCAGGAGAAGGUGGAGAAGAAGCCUGAACAAAAAAGUGGAGGCCAAAGGAGUCUUCAGUCAUCUCAGCUAGAGACACAAAGCGAAGUUGCAGAAGGAGUAGUCAGAGACAAGCAUGUCAAGGUGUCAUGCUUGGACAUCCAGGUCAAAAAUCCAAAGGCCAUGAUUAGGGAGAUCCUGAGGGAUGGGAGGCUGCCAACGAAAGACGAGAUGCUGAGAUAUUUGGGACUGCAUCCUGAAGGGCCUCCCCUUCCCCCUGCUGCUGUCUUCUCUGUAGUCAGCUACCCAGAGGAGCGGUUGGGCUCUGCAGAGCAUGUGAAGCCCUUCACCAUUGCUGCACCGGAAGGUGCUGCUAUGGAAGACAAGUUGGCCAAGGCCCCAGAUGCGAAGGGCGGUUCUGCUGAGGGCCAGCCAAAGACAGGUAAAGCGGCCAGCAGAGACAGCUCUCUAAAGGAGAAACAGAUCUCCAUAAAGAGAACAGAAAGUCUCCAGGAUUCCUGUGCAACAAGAUCCAAAAGUGCGCUGAAAAGAGCCUCAAUCCCCACAGAAUUCCUCAGGCUGAAACGGUACCGGUGGAUAGUGCCUAGCCACGGUGAGGUGGAACUGAAGGUCCACUUCUCCACCAGAAAGCCAGGGAAGUUUGAGCAGACAUUGAGGUUUGAGCUUGUGGAGUCAAAGCGCCAGUACGAGCUGCCCUGCAGUGGCACCGGUCUGUACCCCAGCAUCAUCCAGAACCCACGGCGGGUGUUUCCAAAGUGCAGAGAGACCAUGGAGGCAGAUGAAAUCAUCUUCAAGGAAUAUGUUGAGAGCACAAAGCAAUUCCACUUCGGACCUCUGCUGUGUGGGAAAUCAAGAGAGUGGUACAAGAUCCAGAACUGUCCUGGCAACUCAGAGAAUAUAACCAUCCUCAACAACUCCCCCAUGGAUGUAGAGGUCCAGUUCUCCUUUGAGAAUGAUGGGAAAGCAGAGACGUUCCUUUUGGACCCUCCCAGAAUGACACUGAAACCAAAGGAGAAGCAGGAGCUGACCAUAUGGGCAUACCCCACUUCCCCUGGCUUCCUGGAAGACAAACUCAUCUGCUGCAUUGAGAAGAACCCAGACCCAGUGGUCUUCAGCUUGUGCUGCCAUGGGGUGCACGUGAAGCUGGAGGUCAGCCCCCUGGAGCUGUCUUUUGACAAGCUGCUUUUGCACAGGACUGACAGCAGGACCUUGGUCCUGAGAAAUGACACCCUACUGCCCAUGGCCUGGCAGUUCAGUGGGCUGGAUGACCUUGUUGAGGCCUUCUCCUUGUCACAAGAUAACGGCAUAGUUGAUCCCGGCUCCGAGUUUGAAGUGACACUGAAUUUCAAGGCUGAGAAGAUUGGCAUCAUUGAGAAGAUCCUCCGACUAGAGGUUUCAGAUACAGAAAACAUCCUGGGGAUUGUUCAGGCUGAAAACAUCGAAAUCUCUGCAGAGGUCUACGAUGUUUCUCUGAGCAUCGACAUGCCUGAAGGUCCAGAUGGAAGCUUGGAAUUUGGAACUAUUAAUGUCUUGGAUAAUGUGAAGAAAGUCCUGACUCUAAAGAACAAAGGGAUAUACAACAUUGGGUACCGUUUCAUGCUGAAGGGUGCAGGUCCCGGGAUGCAAGAUGUGACAUCCCACUUCACUGUUGCACCUCAGUCGGGCAUGCUGAUUGCCUCCCAGCCUGGUGUGAAUAUUGAGAUCCUCUUCCAGCCCAAAAGGGAAAUGCUCCUCCAGAGCAAACCCAUCCUGUACUGCCAGGUGACAGAUGCCAGCUCAGAGGAAGGAGGCCAGACUGUUGCCGCCAUCCCAGUGAGGGUGUCGGCGAAAGCUGUGUACAGCAAGUACAGUAUUGAGCCUGCUUCACCCAUCAACUUUGGGGCCUUGAUCAGGGGUGCCAGGAAGACCCAGAUUGUCGUGCUGGAGAACAAAGGCAUGCUCAACUUCAAAUUCCACAUCCACCAAGCCCCCAAGGAAGCAUCUGCAAGUUCAAAGCAAGGAGAAUCUGCUGCAUUGGCUACAAAGCUGAAAUCAAGCUCCUCACAGGAUCACCUCACUGUUGGCAUGUUCAUGGUGUCCCCCUGCUCUGGCUCAGUCGCUCCAUGGGGCCAACAGAAGAUCACCGUGGAUUGCCUUGCCGGGCAGGAGGGGACAUGUGAGGAGCAGCUCUACAUUGACAUCACAGGCAGAGACCCCAAGGACAAUCCCCUGGGCAUUCCCUUUACCCUGAUUGCUGAGUCCUGCCUCCCAGCAUUUGUUGAGGAUGUCAUGUUAACCUUUGAGGAGUACCCAAUCUGCAGCAGCACCAACCUCAGCCACAAGCUGCAGUCAGUGAAAGGCACAGGCCUGUUUGUCAGAGAUGAGAACAAAUUUGUCUUCACCAAGGUUCUAGUUGGGCAAGAGUCUGAAGCUCAUUUCAAUAUCUACAAUGCAAGUGGUCUGCCAUGUGACGUGGUCCUCUCCAUCAAACCCCUGCCUGGAAAGGAAAAAAGCCAUAUCAACAACAUUUUCAAAUUGUGUCCAGCCACAAUGUCCAUUCCCGGCUCAUCCAAGGCUGUUGCUACGGUGACCUUCACCCCACCGGACCAGCAGAACUACGACUGCACUUUCAAGGCUUCCCUUGUCAUCCCAAAAAGCUUUGUGAAAAUUAAACCCCAAACCCUGACCUUCACCAUCAGUGGGAAGGGGUAUGAGCCACAGGUGGCAGUGGUGUGCCCAAGUGCUCGCAGCAAGAGGGGAAAUGCUGUGCUGCGCUUCAAGAGGCUCCGGGUGGGGGAUUCAGAGAUGCUCCCCCUGGUCAUCCGUAACAAUGGCAGCAUACCUGUCAAGAUUAUGUUACACCUGGAGGAUGAGCAUGGAGCAUUCUUCUUGAAAGACAAGGCCUCCACACUUGAGUUUUUCCACACUGGAGAUGUGGAAGAGGACUGCGCUGGAAAUGCUGUAUCACUUAGCUCUGAUUUCCACUGCUGUGCAGAGAGCAAGCCCCCAAAGAAGCCUUUCCUGCUUCUGCUUCGUGGGCAAUCAACAGAGUUUGAUGCCAUUUUCAAACCCACCCUGGCUCAACGUCUGGAAGGGAAGAUUCAUGUGUUACUGGGGGACAUCUACUCUGACAAGAUCCUAAUAGAGCUCGUGGGUGAAGGCCACAAGGAUGAAUUCACCCUUGAUGGACUAGAGGAAGACACAGAGGAGAGGAAUGCUAACAGCAGUCUGAAGAAAGACAUCAUUGAUGCUGUCAGAGUGAAUCACAUCCAGUUUGGGGACUGCCCUGUUGGGAAGCCCUGCCGCAGAACCUUCACCAUCACCAACCACAGCCGUAGGCAGGCCAUGCGCUUUCAGUGGAAGGCACACUCCGCAUUCCAGUUCUCCCCCAAGAUGGGACACCUCCAUCCUGGCUGUGCCAAGGACAUCACAGUGACCUUGAAAUCAGAUGUCCCAGCUGUCUUCAGGAGGCAUCUUGUGAAAUGUAAGGUGACCAAGAUCAACUUUGUGCUGCCACGAAGGAAAGUUCAAGACUGGGAUGACCAAAUGUCCAUUGUCACAUGGAAGUAUACCACCAGGAAAGACCGGGCAGCCAGCUGGCCUAAGAAAGAGAAGAUUGUCAUGACAGCCCCAGAACCAGCUUACACAGUGGUGGAGGAGAGCAGCCAGGAGGCUGAGGUGUACCUCAGUGCCUUUGUUGCCUACACCCAGUUCAAACUGGACACGAUCGUGGUUCAGCUCAAGGAUACCUUUCCCAACCAGACAAGUACAGCCACUUUCAGCAUGCACAACACGGGGAAGGUAGCCCUGGAAUACACUUGGAUGGAAGCUAGAGAUAGUGAAGCAGUGACAAAGCCAUACUCAACCACUCUGAUGCGUCAGUUCCUCUCCUCUGCUACUCUACAGUAUCACAAAAAGCUGCUGCGUCGUUUCUGGUGGGAGCAGGAGCAUCCUUUUGAGACACAUCCUUCUGAGCUGCGGCAGCUGCAGCAGCUUGCCAAGCAGCAGCAGGAUUCUGAGCAGCCGCAGCAGGAUUCCAACGAGCAGCAGCAACCUUCUGAGCAGCAGCAGCAGCAGCCUUCUCAGGAGGAGCAGCUGGAUUCCAAGCAGAAGAAGCAUUCCAAGAAGCAGUGGCACUCCAAGGAACAGCAUCUCUCUGAGCAGCAGCAGCCUUCUGAGCAGCACCAGGAGCAGCCCAAGCAGCAGGAGGAGCAAUCCGAGAAGCAGCAGCCCAAGCAGCAGGACCAUGCCGAGAAGCUAUGCCACUCGAAGCAAAAAUGCCUCUCUCUGCAGCGUGUCAGUUCCUCCCUGGAAAUCUUCCGAGAUGUCAUCCAUGACCUGCCACUGUUCUCCCUCAACCCCUACCACGGCAUCAUCGCUCCUGGCCAGAAGCAGAUCUUUCACGUCCUGUUCUCCCCAAAGUGCACGGGGACGUUUGAGACCACCAUGCUGUGCAGGAUUCCUAACCUGAAGCCAGCUCUGAAGAAGGCAUGGGUGAUUGUGAAAGGCAGAGCCCGGGAGCAGAAGAGUCUUGACAAACCAAAACGCUCUGCGUUACGGCAGGCAGAGAAAGGUCAGGGACCCAAGAAACGGGUGCACUGGAAACCAACACUUGAGUGGUAGCCUUUGUGUUAGCUGCAGCAUCCCUCAGGAGCUGGCAACAUCGUGUCUACUGCUGCUGAUAGCCUGCCACCCUUCACCAGAGACCUCUGCAGCUACCCUUCCAAGCUCCAGUGAAUACCUUUCUCUUAUCUUUAAUUACCUACAUUAAUUAAUGAAUUGUUAAUUCAUUGUUAAUUAAACAAUUGGUAACAAAUUGUUAAUUGUCAGC